AUGACUAUUGAUGAAGGUGUGGUUGGUGUGGUUUUCAAACAUUUACUUGCGUAUGAACAAGACACCAUUCAUUCUGAUGGUACUCCUACUAACAAGUGUAUUAAGAGUGUUUCGAUUGAUGGUGACAAUAUUCAUGUUGUAGAUCUUGAUGUGGUCACACCAAUAACUACUUCAAUCAAACGCCUUAUUGAGAUUGUUACCACCACUGAAUCAUUUGAAUGUUCUUUUUCGAAAGAUGGUGUUGCUCCUCCUACGUUGAAGAUCUCAAAAAUGGAAAAGCUAAUCAUUAUUUGA